CCCGAGCCCCGCGCCCCUGUCCGGGGUCUCACUGCCCCGACCCCCGACCCCCCAGGCUCGCACUCCAUGUUGUUUUUCUUCACUGCUGUGUCCCGGCCCGGCCUCGGAAAGCCCCAGUUAAUCAUCGUGUGGUACAUGGACGACAAGCAGUUUGGUAGGUUCGACAGCGACGGGGAGAAGCCGAAAGUGGAGCCGCGCGCGCGGUGGGUGGAGCAGGAGGGGUACUGGGACCUUCAGACACAGAGAGCCUUGAGACAAGCGCGGUAUUUCCGUGAGGGCCUGCACGCCCUGCGCGGCUACUACAACCAGAGCGAGGACGGUUCUCACACCCUGCAGAGGAUUCUUGGCUGCGCUGUGGAUUCCCAAGGGCGUCUCCUCCGCGGGUAUGAGCAGAUCGCCUACGACGGCAAAGACCACAUCGCCCUGAACGAGGACCUGCGCUCCUGGACCGCGGCGGACAUGGCGGCUCAGAUCACCAGGAGCAAGUGGGAGCAGGCUGGGGAGGCAGAGCUCAGGAGGGCCUACCUGGAGGGAGAGUGUGUGGAGACCCUCCUCAGAUACCUGGAGAACUGGAAGGAGACUCUGCAGCGCUCAGGUAAGCCGGGCUGCGGGAAAAUCCUCCAUCCACUAUUCCUGAGAGAUGUCGCCCUGAGGUGCUGGGCCCUGGGCUUCUACCCUGCUGACAUCACCCUGACCUGGCAGAGGGAUGGGGAGGACCUGACCCAGGACAUGGAGCUUGUGGAGACCAGGCCUGCAGGGGAUGGAACCUUCCAGAAGUGGGAAGCUGUGGUGGUGCCUUCUGGAGAGGAGCAGAGAUACACAUGCCAUUUGCAGCAUGAGGGGCUGCCUGAGCCCCUCACCCUGAGAUGGGAGCCUCCUCAGCCCACCAUCCCCAUCUUGGCAGUUGUGGCUGUCCUGGCUCUCCUUGGAGCUGUGGUCAUUGGAGCUGUGGUGGCUGUUGUGAGGAGGAGGAUGAACACAGAUUUGCAGUCACAGUUCUGGAAACUUCCUGGGGUCCAGGACUUCCCUGGUCUCACAGUUUUUCUU